ACGUCACUAAUGUAAUGCAAAAGUGAAUUCACUUUACUUUUCAAAACAAAAACUUGUGACGAAGAAGGAAACAACGACAAAAAAAGGAACAUCUUCGGACUGUUGAUAAAUGCACCACUAAAUGGGUGAGGAAACAAACAACUCGACGCAGAACAAGGCGCGAGCUAAAACAACGCGACCCAAAGCAGUCUAUCAAUGGACAGUAAACGAUGUGCAGAAAUGGUACCGUCGUCAUUGUGGCGAGUACACCAAAUAUGAGCAUCUCUUUGCCAAGCACGACAUAACGGGUCGAGCCCUGCUCCGCAUCACAGAUUCCUCACUCCAGCGAAUGGGCGUAACGGAUAAUCGAGAUCGGGAGGCCAUUUGGCGGGAGAUAGUCAAGCAACGGUUGAAAACUGAUAUAAUGGAGAUACGUGAUAUGGAACGACUGAAUAUCCACUGAGAUAACUCAAGGUAUCCAUCGUAUUGAAUGGAAAACUUAAAACUUAAUCUUUAAUACCCUUAGGUUACAAUAAAUAGAAUAAACAGAUAAUGUGUUAGGAAUAAACAUUAAAA